AUGCCUCCUAUCAGCAACGAAGCCUUCCUUGCUGCUUGCAUCAAGUACGCAAAGGAGAAGGUCACUGUCGACUUCGAUGCCCUGGCAAAGGAACUUGAUAUGAGCAAGGGUGGAGCUUCCACUCCUUUGCUGUUGGAACAUACCACCCUCAUACACCCCCGUUCCUUUGUCGCCACGCGCAAACAUUAUGCAACCCUUGAUUGGUGUGCUCAUAAAUUGCUCGACAGCAACAAGUACCGCAUUAUCAUGAAGCAGUUCGAAGACGGAGGGGCUGCCUGGGCCAACAAAGACGGCAAGGACGAAGCCAAAGCCACGCCAGCCACUGUUGUCAAGCGCAAGGCUUCUGCCAAAGAGAGAAUCCAAGCUGACAAGAAAUUCGCGAAAACCACUGUCAAUGCCAAGCAUGGAGAUGCAUCUGACGAGGCAGAGGACGGCCCUCCCAAGAAGAAGCCUCGCCCGAAAGCUACCAAGAUCAAGGCUGCCAAGCUCGCUGAGACUAUUGAGAACGAUGACGACGUCGAGGUUAGCGCAACUAUCCCGCAGCGGCCCAAGGGCAAAGGAGCCAAGAAGUUCCAUCCUGAAACUCCAGACGGUGGCAAUUUGGGUGAUGACGAGGCAACGCCAGGAAGCCCCUCCAGCGGAGCUGCAAAGAAGGUGGUCCAUCAGAAGAUUCCCGUAGCCAUGUUGGUGGGUGUCGCUACGAAGGUUGUCAAGACGGAGGUCGUUGAUUAUCAGGAGGAAAACAGCAAGAAGCAGGACAGCAAGGAGCAGGACAGCAAGGAGCAAGACAGCAAGGAUUUGUGCCAUUGA